UUUGGAACUUACACAACGACGUCCGCGUUGGGAAAGUUGGCAACGAUUGCAUAUGCAUGCAUUGGAAUACCGCUCGCAAUGGGUCUAGUCAACGAAAUUAAACAACUUGUAAUGCUUGCGUAUCACUACGCAAGGGAAAGCGCGCAAACCAGAACUAGAAUCCCUAAGGCGAUGGAGUCACUGCUGAGCUAUUUUGUCAUCUCCAGCGUAUCUUCCUUAGGGUUCGGUGUGCUGCUGUUUCGAUACCUCGAAGGGUGGGACCUCUUGGAUGCCCUGUACUUCAGCUUCGUCACGCUAUCCUCAAUUGGCUUUGGUGACAUCGUUCCCGCAAACCCAGGUCACGUCAUAUUCUCAAUUGUUUACAUUCUCUGCGGAAUAUCGAUGCUCUCCCUAAUCUUUGAUGACGUCGAAAGCGAAAUUUCCAGCUGGAUAUGUUGUGUCGUGGCUUCAGUCCUUCCGAAAGAAAAGAUAGAAGAAACUCCAGAGUCAGCCACAACUAUUUCAGCAAAUAUUCCUGCACUUCCCCUGGAUAAACGCCACAGAGAAUAA